AAAGAAGCAAUUGCCACGGUAUGUGUCUUUUGUCCAAGGCAAGUCACCCCACCACUAACUGGGACCGGACCGAUUUGUACAGGCUAGUAGGGCUCAUAACCCAAUAUUGCUCAUUUUUCUCUUCCAUCCACUCACAUCCCUCAUCAAGCGAACGAACCAUGCCAAAAAGAUGCAACAAACCUCCGCAUGGAGCAACAUAUCCAAAGCAACAUUGCAAUGCGUCGACAACAGCAAGAAAAGAACAACACCAGGGAUUCCAACGUGGUCCCCCACCGUAGUACUAACCUGGCCCGACGAUGCUUAACUUCGCUGAGCAAACGGGAAGCGGUGCUGUCAUCGUGGUAUGGUCGUUCCUGCCAGUGUCAAAGGUGCAAAGCCUUACAAUAAAAUGAGAAAAACGUUGGUAUCAGUGGGGAGCAGUUGCAGGGAGGUUGGUUCUUGCCAUUAUUUGUGGAAACAAUCCGAUUGAACGUUCGAAUGGGCGGCACAAUUAGCGUAUUGACUGGAAUCUCGAAGAAGAAGUCGAGGCAGAAAGCAUUGCGAACGGUCCAGGCCUCUACCGGUAUGCAUACAGACAUACUGAGGCCGUGCCGUUCACGUAGUCUAGACUCUUCGAUCUUGUUGGAGAGUUUGGGCGGCGGAGGGAUGGUCUUGCAAUAGCUUUUGAUCCACUCAGGAGCCGGGUUGGGAGCUGGACUCUGGGGGUCACUUUUGGUGGCGCGAUCACGGAUUGGUGUUGCUUUGGAAGGAGCAAACGGACCAGCAGUCUAUCCGGUGACGAGUACUAGAACCCGUAGACCUCACAGUUGCAUAGAUAUCUAGAGGCAAGGCAAUAUUAAACGGAGUAUCAUUGUACCAGUACUAGUACUGGUACCAUAAAAUGAAGAACGGCCUGAUCUAAAGAACCAAUGAAGAAUGAAGUCGGGCUCAACCCUGUUGUACCAGUGGAGAUGAAGUGACGUCAACCUCUUGACUGAUUUUCAAUUUCAGUCUCCGAAGAAUCCUCCUUAACGUAUCGAAUCUAAUUACCAUAAUUACUUAGCCAAAUGCUGGGGUUGGCUGGUCUGUCACAUUUGUAAACGCCGAACAGCAGGCAUAAAUGAGGUUAGUCCACUUUGGCAUCAACAAUUUGACGAGCCACCGAGCCUUUGAACUUGAAUGUGGAAGGAAACUCCGUCCAAUAAUGGGACAACUCAAACCGCUCUUCUCUCUCUUGGGUUUGGAAAUCAAAGUUAGAAGUAAGCUUCCCACGCCAUUUCUCAUGUCCCGGUGUCCAUCUAUCUAGUAGCAUCUCUCCAUUAGAAACCGAUUCAAGCCAUGACGACGCUACCGGUACCUUGCCGGGUCCAUUAUCUAUCUACUAGGCGAAAAGGGUUCUUUGUUUCCUUGGUGCUGGUUUUGCUGGCUCUCGUGGGGAUUGUGCAUGCCAAUGAUGAUACCACCGGUACCACUGUUUCAAGAGUGAGGGGUCGCCGGCAAGAGGAGAAGCAACAGCAACAGCAGCAGCAGCAAGAGCGAAAACUGGCCGAGUUUCGAACUCCCUUUACCAUUACUUGGCGCAUUGCGAUUGGCAAUGGUGGUACGGAUCGACAACCCACCCCUCAGGAGUACGAGUGGGUAGUGGAGGCUACUACCGAUUGGUUCCUUUUCAACAUUGAAGAAAACUAUGGCAACGUGGCGGGGCUAGAACUCUCGGAUUUGGAGGCUACCUUGGUCCCGGAUCAGACCUCCUGGGUUCCUGAUUCCAGAGACUUUCCCCAUCAGAUCUUUAUCGAACUGGAAGCUGUCUGGGAGGCUGAUAAUGCGGCAUUGGUGCCAGAUGUCGUCGACUUUUUGGUGACACUCAAUGACAAUUCCAGUGUACGAGACUUUAUUGUGGACUACCUAUUGGUGACGGGGACAGAUUCGGUCUUUCACUUUAGUCAACGCGUCAGCUACACCACGGCUUCCAUCCCGGCACCGGGUGUUCCCACGCCCCCCACUCCCAGCCCACCGGUUCCAGCACCACAGCCGACGGCACCACAACCCACACCCAACUUUGCCAAUGGAUGGAUCAUUCCUGUCAAACUCACGUUUGAUUUGGCCAUUGGAAUGGGACGAACCGAUCGAUUACCUACCGAAGAGGAAUAUACGGGCUUUCAAAUGACAGUGGACCAAUGGUUGCUGGAAUCACUACGUGCGGCUUACGCCAGCGAAACAGAGUUCUUUGCACAAAAUAUUGAAAGCUUCAUCACCGACAACAGUUGGGAUGCCACUCGUACCAGUCCCCAUCAAAUAGUCGUGGAGGCAUUUAUUGUCUACACGGCCGAUACGCUCUCCCAGGUACCCACCAUUGUGGAAUUCUUUGCCACAUUGAGGUCCCCGGCAGUCUCCUUUCCUGCCUUUAUUGAUCCCUACCUGCGCAAUGCGGAACCCUCCAACAAUAUUUUCCGCGCCACGGUCAGUGGAGGAUACACGUCCACACAAAAUGGACCACGCUUUUCCUCUGCCAUUACGGCCAAUCCAGCGGCUCCACCGGUGGCAACCACUCCUACAUUAGCACCCGUACGAGCCACCCCGGCACCUGUCAAUCCCAACCAAGUCAUUGUGUCGUCCGUCACCGUCCGAUCCAAUUGGACCUACAGUGUGGGAGGAUCCUUUGGCAUUGAUGAUCGACAACCUACACAAGAUGAUUAUCUGGGUCUCGUCGACUCGACGCAUGAAUGGCUCAAUCGCAUCAUGCGGGAACAUUACAAUGAUGCCAGCAAUGCUGCUCUCAACUUGCCCUUUUUCGUCGGCGCCGAAACAUCCUUCGUCCAAGGCAUUUAUCGACCUAACGAACAGCAACAACACUUGGUCGUGAAGGAUGUGACGUUUACAUUUGCCUUGGAUGAAAAUGAUGAAACGGAGAUUAUGCCUUUUAUUGAUGACAUUUUUGAUGUUGUCGAGGCGGCAGAUUUGAAUCAGUACGUCUUUCUCUAUGUGCACACUUCCGAGCCCAUUGAAACCAGUGUCUUUCAUGGAGUUGAUUCGGUGAAUUGGGUAUAUUCCGUCGACGAGUACACGUACGUACCGAGGCCGACACGUCCACCCACGCCUGGCAAUGGCGAUCAAGGUAUGGGUAGCUACACGGGGAUUGAUCGGACGCAACUGGACAAUGCGGAUUGGGUGUCCGUAUCAUUGCUGAUGCAAUAUCGCUUGACGGAUGCUGCGGCGGCAACCGCAGGUGCUGCCACAUCCGCCGAAUGGGCAGGGUUGGAGGAAGCGACACGGCGAUUUUGGAUUGACACUUUUGAGGAGGAAUUUCAGAACAAUCCAGCCUCCAACUUUGUCAUUGUCGAUGCCAAAUGGGAAACCGACUCGACAAUGUACGAUCCAAACGCCGACUUGUACAAGUAUCGAGGACGAUUCGUCACGGAUAUUCUCUUCAGUGAAGGAUCGGUGGUAUUGUCCAGCAUUGCAAUGAGACAACGCAUGGUCAAUAUGCUGUCUGGUUCGAGCUACAUUGCACAGUAUGUGCACACAAUCAACAUGCCUGUUGACAACUUGUUUCGACAGACACUCCAAGUUGGAUGGGACUUUUGAACCCCCUUUCACCCUGAAGGCAUGGUGUGAUGGUAAAGGCGUGUUGUCCGUGCUCCCAGAAUUCCUCCUCGAAGAUUCAGUCAGACUGUUCCCGCUACUGUAUAGUGUACGAGAGAUUGUCAAACGCGAUGGUUGGCCUAAUAUAGCGUAGCAAACAAAUAUCUUCUGUAACAAAAGAGCUGCAUGGUACUUCUGACAUCGUCCACAU